GGUUGCAAGAAUUGUCUUUAGCAUUAGCAGAGCUCAACCUGCGCCACACCGCGCCGCGGAAUAACGCGUUUCCGGGCGCUCGCCUUUGGGAUGCAGCCACCCGCCACAGGCGGUUCAAGGUUUCAGAGGGGGCGGGCCUUCCCAUUUGUGUUUCCGGCGACUGGUGACGCAAUCUCCGCGCGCGACCGCAUUGUCAGCUGGUCAACUUAAGUUGUCAAUGCCUGAUGUUGGUAGGCGCUUUGACGUCAUCACUCCGCGCCCACCGUCAGCGCCGCCUCCACCAGCGGUUUCGAAGCAGUGGCGGGCCGGUCCGUCCGUGUGUCCGCCGGUCCGUGAGUCCCUGGGUCCAUCCAUUCCCCCUCCCCCAGCGGCCCCAUGCCGCCCGGGAAGCCGCUGCGGCCACUGCUACAGAAGAAGGUGGAUGAGCUGUUCCUGCGCUGGCUCAGCGAUCCCGACACGCAGCGCGCACUGAGCGACGGGCUGCAGCGCAUCCGGGAUGCCAUUCCUGACCCCGCGACCUUUGACCCGGUCACUCCUGACUCCGCUGUACCCCGCACCCCGACCCCUGACCCCUCCACCCGUGACCCCGCGACCCCUGACCCCACGACGCACGACGUCGCUUGCGCGCUGCCUCACGGCGCCCCCGCUCGACCGCGGAGGACGACGGUAUACAGAGCGGUCGACGCCCUCAGGGAGGAGCCCCCGCCGCCCGCCCCGCCCCCUGGCCCCUUCCUCCCCGCCUUCUACUUCCCCCGGGGGCGCCCCCUGCCCAACACCCUGGAAGUGGAUGACAUCAUCGCUGAAGUGGAGAGGGUGUUUGCUCUGUUUCCACAGGGGAGGGCGGGGCUGGGUGACAUGAGCAAGGUGGCCAAGGCCUGCCGCUGCCCACUCUACUGGAAGUCCCUGCUGUUCUCUGCCGCCGGCGGGGAGCGCACGGGCUCCCUGUCUGUGCACAAGUUCGUGGCCAUGUGGAGGAAGGUCCUGUUGACAUGUCAUGACGAUGCCUCCAAGUUCCUGCAACUGCUGAGCAGCCCUGGGAGCAGAGGCCUCGUGCAGGAGGACUUUGUGCCCUUCCUGCAGGACGUGGUGAACUCGCACCCAGGCCUGUCCUUCCUGAAGGAGGCAUCGGAGUUCCACUCGCGUUACAUCACCACGGUCAUCCAGCGGAUCUUCUACACUGUGAACCGGUCCUGGUCAGGAAGGAUCACUUGUGAGGAGCUGCGCAGGAGCAACUUCCUGCAGGCGGUGUCGCUGCUGGAGGCGGAGCCUGACAUUAACCAGCUGACUGACUACUUCUCCUACGAGCAUUUCUACGUCAUCUACUGCAAGUUCUGGGAGCUGGACACCGACCAUGACCUCAUGAUUGACAGGCGCGACCUCGCGCGGCAUGCGGAUGGUGCCAUCUCCUCCAGGAUGAUUGACAGGAUCUUCUCUGGUGCUGUGACCCGAAGCCAGAAGCUGCAGAAGGACGGGAAGAUCAGCUACGCGGACUUCGUGUGGUUCCUCCUCUCUGAAGAGGACAAGACCACGCCCACCAGCACGGAGUACUGGUUCCGCUGCAUGGACCUGGACGGCGACGGUGCGCUCUCCAUGUUCGAGCUCGAGUUCUUCUACGAGGAGCAGGCCCGGCGCCUGCAGGCGCGCGCUGUGGAGCCGCUGCCCUUCUGCGACCUCGCCUGCCAGGUGCUCGACCUGGUCCAGCCUCAGAACCCGGGCCGGAUCACCUUGAGCGACCUGAAGCGCUGCAAGCUCGCGGGCGCCUUCUUCGACGCCUUCUUCAACGUGGACAAAUACCUGGAGCGCGAGCAGCUGGAGCAGGAUUUGAACUCGGACCCCGAGCUCUCCGACUGGGAGAAGUACGCGGCCGAGGAGUAUGACUUCCUGGUGGCGGAAGAAGCUGCGGGCGAUGCGUGGGAAGAUGGAUUAGACCGGGAGCUGAGCAUGCUGGGAGUCCCGCUGGGUUCCGUGGAUCUGUACAGCUUUGCGGACCACGCCCUGGAGCCACUGUGACCACGCGGGCUGAUGACGCGCAAGGACCUACUGUGUGUUCGUGGACAUGCAUGGGGUCACGGGAGGGUCACCUGGCGGCUGGGUGCUGUUGCCCCAUCAGCUUCCCACCUGCUGGGCUGGUGGAUCUCACUUGGGCGUGGCUUCCCGUGACUUGCAGCCCUGCUAUGCACAGGGUGCAGUGUGCGCGGAUGUGGGUGUGGGUGUGGCGCCAUGUUUGGUUUGUAUUUUUGAAUAAAGAUUUUGAAAGCCUC